AUGAGAAGUAAUCCAGGAAGGCUGAAGAAGCUCUUUGUGGCCUGGCUAGAAGUCAAGUGCAAGUUCUCUGAACUGAAGGGACAAGGUGCAGUUAGAGCUCUGCUAAAUGCAGUUAGAGCUCUGCUAAAGUCUACUUUUCAAGUGCAGCUUGAGAAAGCCAAGAAGGAUGAGAACAGAACACAGGGUAAAGCAAACCCUCAAGAAGAACAGCCAAAAGAAGAGAUCCUGAAAGUACCAGUGGGACCAGGACCAUAUUUUUAUAUCAGUGGAUCUAAUGGAGCUAGGCUUGUGAGCAUCUAUUGCCAGCUAAGAGGCUGGCAUCGUAUCUAUGACAAACGAGAGGCUUAUGCACUGAAAUGGUGUGAAAUCAAGUGCCAGGAGACCUAUUACCAUUUCAAAGAAGGCAAACAGCUUCUCUACCAGAUUCCCAACAACAGAGUCCUCACCACUAAGACAGAGCUUUUGUGCUACCUGCAAAAGCAAGAGCAGGUGAUAAAUGCCAUCAGUAGGAACCCUAGUUCCAAAAGAACACAGCACACACAGCACCCUUUCCAAGGGCUUUUCUGGCCAAAGCAAGUACAUUCAGAGCCUCUUCUCCUGGAAGGGAAGAAGUUUGAUGUCCACUCUUACCUCCUCAUUGCCUGCACGGCACCAUACCUGCUAUUCUUUGCCCAGAGGCUGAUCUCUGUCAACUAUGAUGCUGCUUCUGAUGCUCUGACUGCUCAUCUGACCAGCCAGUACAUGCAGAAGAACUCCCUGUACAGCCAGCUGAAAGAUGAGACCAUUUGGCGGAUGGAGCAUUUCAACAGCUACGUUAAUGAGAAGUUCAGAAAGUCCAAAGGGCUCCCCAAAGACUGGGAUUUCACUGUGUUUACUUUUCCACUUUUCCCUCUCUUCCACUUCAUUUUGCAGUGCUUCCCAGCAGCCAAGCACAAACUGGAUGACAAACUGGGCUACUUCGAUCUCAUCAGUUGCAGCUUUCUAAUUGAUGAGAACUUUAAGGUCUGGCUUCUGGAGAUGAAUGCAAGCCCAGCACUGCACACCAACUGUGAAGUCUUGAAAGACAUCAUCCCAGCUAUAGUCUAUGAGAGCCUUGAUAUUGGCUCGGAGAUUUUCAACAAGUGCCUCAAAGGCCACAGGAUUUUGCCUUUAGAGACACUCUGUCAUUGUGUAGAAAGGUUGCCUUGUUGGCCAGAAAGAAACACAACACUGUCCUGA